AUGGCUCGACUCAGUAACAUCUCCGUUGUUGUUCCCCUUCCCUCCUUCGACAUCGACCCCCUCAAGACCUUCGACGACGGCUUCUUUGACCGUGCUGUCGACAACAUCUUGUCCGAGGAGGCGAGCAUUGAAUCCCGGGAUGAGAUGAUGGACAGCAGCGUUGGUGUUUCGAGUCCAUUUGGGUAUGAUGGCACAUUUGACUCUCCAAAGCUCAACGUUCGUCGUAGCCCAAGGAUCGAAGCCAAGUCGCCGCAUUUUCCUACUCCCUCGACCUCCUCCUCACCUACAUCUACCACAUCUAAGAAACCAAAGUCGAGAAGAUCUUCUCGAAUCAGGAAGAGCGUGACAGUGGAGGAUCUCAAUGGCGAUGAUAAAGCGCCUGUGAACUCCGGAGACAUCACACAGCCCCAGCCUGAGAAGAAAGCCUUGGAAGUUGAACCUCACCCCGUCCCCCAGGGGGAUAGUCACGCUGCUGCGCUUCCUCAAAUUACUGAUUCAUCUGAAAUGCCGACUGAUGAUGCCGAAACUACGGCAGAAGAGAAGAUAUUUGCUUCGGUGAGCCUAGAGAAGCAGAUGGAGGUGUUGAAGUUCAUUGCAUCACAGUCUUUCAUGAUGGAACAAGUUCAACCUGUUCGACGUGCAACUAGGCGACAAUUUACUGGCCAAGUGCGUGAAUUCGCUAUGGAGGCUGGAAUGAACAACACAGCUAUCGAUGCUUUGAUUGACCACGUUCGAAAGAUCUACCUCGAGGACCGUGAAAUUACAGCAACAGAAGAUGCCAGUUCUGCAUUCGGGGAGGAAGUGGAUGACGAGCAAGAAAAACACACCAAAAUCCCGCGCCGAAAGCGGCGCAAGAGCAGCUCGGAUCACUCCGAGGGAAACGAGAACAAGAAAAGCAAGAGACACCACUCGGAUAAGGCAAAACGGCACAGCCACGAUUCUGUACAGCGUGAUGAGCCGAUCAAGGUAACGGAAGCGCAUGUCACGGCUGGUGCUCCAAUUGAAGACCAGGACAAGGCCUGUGUUGAACCGGAUGAACCGAAACAAGAGGUCAACAUGCCAGAUCUGCCCAAGAUGCCCACAAAUCUCACUCGGGAUAAAACCAGCAUAAUCAUCGACCUGACAGACUCUGCGCCCGAUGACAAGCUCGUCCCUGAAGCUACGGCAGUUACUCCACAAAACGAAGGUCUUCAGGCCAUCGGGAUUAUUCCUCAGAGCCCUCCGACUGAAAGAUCAGAAGCAGAGUCAACGAAACGUCGCUCAGAUAAAACUCGAAAUAAAGAAAAAAACAAGCGCAAGCGCCAACGGAGGAAGUUGCGCAACAAACAUCGAAUGACCUUGGGUGGACAGGAACAGCCCCAAGGCGACUCCACCAAUGUAUCAAAGACUCAACCUCAAGAUACCUCCAUUGAUGGAGCAGAUCAAGGCCGAAUUUCGCCUUCCAUUCCGCGACAAACCUCUUUCGGGAGCUCCAACGGAAGCAGACGGAGCUCCGCUCAUCUUCCACUACCCGCCGAUCCAACUCUGUGGGACACGGAUUUUUGA